AUGGCUGGUGGCGCUGGUGACAGGUCAUUGAAGGAGACUCCCACUUGGGCAGUUGCUGCUGUUUGUGCUGUUUUUGUUAUCAUUUCGGUUCUUAUUGAGCACGGAAUUCAUUCUCUUGCAAAGUGGUUUCAGAAAAGCCAGAAAAAGGCGCUGCUCGAGGCACUGGAGAAAAUUAAAGCCGAGUUGAUGCUCCUGGGAUUCAUAUCCCUGCUGAUCACUGUUGGCCAGAAACCAAUCAGCAAAAUAUGCAUUUCUAAAGGAGCUGGAGACACUAUGCUUCCAUGUAAGAAAGUAUUGGACGAAGAGGCUGCUGACACUGGAAAGGAUAAAAAUGACAGCGAUCGGAGAAAGUUGCUUUGGCAUGCUGGAGAUGCACUGGCACGCCGAGUUCUUGCUGCAGCAGAUGGAGAUGAUACCGAUCAUUGUUCUAAAUAUAAGAAAGUUCCGUUGAUAUCUCAAUCAGGGAUUCAUCAAUUACACAUCUUCAUAUUUGUGCUCGCGGUUUUUCAUGUUCUCUAUAGUGUCCUCACAAUUGUUCUAGCACGAGCAAAAGUGAAGAAAUGGAAAUCGUGGGAACAAGAAACAGCUUCCUUGAACUAUCAGUUGACAAAUGAUCCUUCCAGAUUCAGAUUCGUGCAUCAAACAUCUUUCAUUCGCCAAUAUAGUGGAUUCUCCACAAAGCCUGGCAUUCGAUGGAUUGCAGCUUUUUUCAGACAAUUCUUUUGUUCCGUGACAAAGACAGACUACUUGACCUUGAGACAUGGUUUUAUAAAUGCACAUUUUGCUGCAAACAGUAAAUUUGACUUCCACAGGUACAUUAAAAGAUCAAUGGAAGAUGAUUUCAAGGUAGUAGUUGGUAUUAGCAUACCUCUCUGGACAUUUGCGAUCCUUUUCCUAGCAUUAAAUGUCUAUAGAUGGUACUCUCUCUUUGCCAUAUCACUGGUGCCGCCAAUUAUGCUCGUCAUCAUCGGUGCAAAGCUUCAAAUAAUAAUCAUGGACAUGGCUCUACACAUUCAAGAUAGAACAACAGUGGUAACAGGAGUUCCAAUUGUGGAGCCUAGUAACAAGUAUUUCUGGUUCAAUCGACCUCACUUCAUUCUUGGAUUGAUUCAUUUUACCUCAUUCGAGAAUGCAUUCCAAAUGGCUUACUUUCUGUGGACAUGGUAUGAAUUUGGGCUAACUUCAUGCUUCCACGAAAAUUUGCCAGUAAUACUAGCCAAAGUCUUUCUUGGUGUGGCAGUCCAAGUCUUAGGUAGCUAUAUCACCUUUCCUCUCUAUGCCUUGGUAACUCAAAUGGGAUCUCAUAUGAAGAAGGCAAUCUUUGAAGAGCAGACUGCGAAGGCACUAAUGAAAUGGCAGAAGGCCGCAAAAGAAAGAAGGAAGUUGAGAAAAGCAGAAGGAGAUAUGUCGCCAGAUCUUAUGAGUGGGAAUACUACUCCAUCCAGAGGUUCAUCACCCAUACAUCUGCUUCAUAAAUACAAAACGAACUCUGAUAUUGAAAGCAGUAUCAACAACCCAACUCCUAGACCUUAUCAUUCAGAUGCUGACUAUUCAGAGACUGAAGGACCUGCAUUGAACUCCAGCGAUGAUCAGAAUUCAAGGAAUCAUAACUCACCAAAGAAAGAAAUUGUAGGAAAAGAACCAGAAACUUACAACUGGGAUUUUUCCUUUUCCAAGUCAUAGGCAGAUAAAUGAUCCAGCCAAGCCUCUAAAUUUGUCAAACACCUCUUCCUUAGCUUUGAAUUAUGCAGUGGGGAUUAUAGUAUAAAUGGUACUCCUGAAGUUUAAGACUUUAGCCAAAGCCUAGAGAAUCCCUAAUGGUGGACAGGUUUUUUUCGGUUUCUUUUUCA